AUCAUAUCCUUGAUCAUAUCAGCUGUUGACGCAAAACUGCACUGUAUUUUAUCUUGUUAUUUUAUGUGAAACUUGAGUGCUUAAAGGUUUCGAAAUCGUUCUAUCGUGCGUGAUGGCAAGUGAAAUUGAGCUUUGUGAAGACGGCCACGAGUGUCAGCCCAUUCAUACGAUCGAGGAUUUGCUGAAGUUCGAGCGCAAUCCAGUCAGUUGGCGCAAUUUGGUGCUACCGAUCACGCCUCGAUCGCGAUCGAGGCACCUCGGCGAACGCUACCAGGAGAUCGACUUCGACGCCGGAGUAACGGAGUUCGUGGACGAUCGCAGCCGUCCGCAGGUACUGCUGUGCCAUGACUUCAAAGGGAACUACUUGUCCGAUCGGUUCGUCAACGGGACGACCGGACAGGAAUGGGUCGACUACCGAUUCUACAACUGGGCUGCCGUGGACAUCUUCUGCUACUUCAGCCACAGCUUCGUAACGAUUCCGACCUUGCAGUGGCUGAACUGUGCUCACAAGAAUGGCGUCAAGGUAAUCGGGACGUUCAUCGUCGAAGGCGGCAAUGUCGAGAAGCUCAAGGACAUCUUACAGUCUGACGAAUCCAUGCAGAAAGUUGCUGAUGCGCUGAUCACCGUGGCGAAGAUCUGUCAAUUUCAGGGUUGGCUCCUAAACAUCGAGUGCGCCCUGGACGAGGAGAAGAUCCCCCGUCUCAAGGACUUCGUAUCCUAUCUGACUCGGAAAUCGCACGACCGUAUCCCCGGUAGUAUGAUCAUCUGGUACGACGCGAUCACCGAGAAGGGCCUCCUCAGCUGGCAGAACGAGCUGAACAGCCUCAACCAGGGAUUCUUCGCGGCGUGCGACGGAAUCUUCCUGAACUACACCUGGACUAGGAAGCAUCUGGAGCGAUCGGAGAACUUCAUUCGCAAUUACUAUCCUCGCCGGAAGCUGGACGUGUUCGUGGGGAUAGACGUUUUCGGACGCGGUCAAACCGCGAAGCUCGACACCCAUUCCACCCUGGCUUCCGUCAUGGAGUUCAAAUUCUCCACGGCGAUCUUCGCUCCCGGGUGGACCUUCGAAUCGCUCGAAGAGUCCAUGCGACGCGAGCAGCUCGAUCAGGUUCAGUGCAACGAUCGUUUCCUAAAGCUAAACGAUCGCUUCUGGAACCUGCUGUGGAAGUAUCUGUACGUUCGGGGCCCCACGGAACUUCCCUUCUACACGUCGUUCUGUUUGGGUUCGGGCAAGACCCGGAACCGUUUGGGGAAGAAGCUGGACGAGUCGUGGUUCAAUCUGUCGCGUCAAGGUUUCCAGCCGAGUAUUCCGUAUGCCGCGCCGAGGAACCACAGGAUCGAUCCGAUCUACUGGACGCACAGCUUCGAGACGGCGCUGGACGGUGGAUCGUGCCUACGGGUGGAAGACAUCCAUCCGAAUUGUCGGUUGUUUGCGUGUGAUUUCGCAUGUGUUGGUGAUCUGGUGGUGGGCUAUGCAUUCCGAAGAAGUAGUGAAUUGAGUGCGGAUGUGAGAUUGGUGCUGAAGGCGUACAAUACGCGGUAUCAUGAUUCGGUGAAGAUCGUGUGUGGUGGGGAAGAUUGCCAUUUGAGUGAUAGAAGAAAUGAAAUGAAGGCGUUGCUGCUGGACAGCGAAGAUUGGCCGACAUUGCUGGAGUUGAAGGCGCAGUUGAAGUUACCACUGGUGGCGGCUAUCAACGGAUGGGAAAUAAGAUACUACUACCUAUCGUUCGAAGCCAUCGCCCAACCGGUCUCGAUCGUGGACAUCGGCGUCGAGUUGGUGAAAGAUGACCCCAAGGACCACGUCCUGCUGGGGGCCAUUUCGCUCCAAGCCGGUUUCCCCGCCAACCGCCAGCGCAUCCGGAAGCGCUCGAUCGUAACGUUUAGUGCGUGACCGGUGACGAUCAUUCUACUCUACUGCAUAUUGAUGUACUUCGAUUAAUUAUUGCAACUUCUUACUUUUACUCUCUGUUGUUGUAAUCAAAUGCUUUGCAUACCCACCACUAUACAGACACGUUACUUAUUCCACGCCGCACUUACUCGUUCGUUCGCAUGUAAACAGCUUAAGGUGCAGCAUGCAUCAGCUCCGGCGCGGCGCGGCGGCAACAUGGACCGGUUCUUCUUGGCAAACGUGAUCGAUCGAACAACCGCGGCGCAGGCCGGAGGAGGACGCCGAGAUGCCACAGGAAGGUCAACCGCAUGGCUGAAGUGAAGCUGAUGCUGCGCUCUUCGACGGCUUCUCGAUACACAGGUUGGUGUUCUGAUGUUUACUUGCGCAUGCAUCUUCUGUCUAAAUUUAAAUGAAAUUAUCGAUCGACGAUCGGUGUAAAUUACAGUUUUCAAAGACGCGUGUAAUUUGCCUUAAUGUACCAUAUGAUUACUGCGCUUCUUAAUAUAUUCCAUAUAUGUAUCUACAAACAUUA